AUGCCUGUGUGUGUCUUGCGUUGUUUCCGCGUCAUGGGUCAACGGGCGUAUCUGGAUCUAUCUCCGGUCAUUGUAAUCACGUAUUUCCCCUCCCUCUUUGAUUACUCCCUCGCUUUCUCACAGAUACUACACAUUCGUCUCACCAAAGAGAGAACGAGGAUUAUUCGGCGAUAUCUUCCAAAUAUGGCAGGGGAGUAUACAUCUGAACGCUGUGGUCAAUCCCAAAAACCGUUGAGAUGUAUCAUUAUAGGAGCAGGAGUAUCAGGAAUUUUGAUGGCCUACAAGCUCCGAGAAGCUUUCAGUGACCGAGUUGACAUACAUAUUUUCGAAAAGAACGACGACGUAGGGGGCACAUGGCUAGAAAACCGGUAUCCAGGGUGUGCAUGUGACGUCCCCAGCCAUAUUUACCAAUAUACCUUCUGUCCAAACCCAUAUUGGUCAAAAGUUUAUGUCUCUUCGUCAGAGAUACAAACAUACCUGAAAGCUGUUGUUUCACAUUACGGCAUUGAUGCUUAUAUCCAAUUCAACAGCAAAGUGGAACGUGCGGUAUGGGAGGAGCAUCGUUCUCAGUGGUCAGUCUCCGUUGAGGGGAAAGGGGUAUUCGAAUGCGAUGUCCUCGUGAACGCAGGAGGCAUUCUCAAUAACCCCAAAUUUCCCAGUCUCAACAACCUGAAUAGCUUCAAGGGUAAAUUAGCUCAUACAGCCGCAUGGGAUGAUGCUAUUGAUGCCAAGGACAAAAUAGUGGCUAUUGUGGGCGCUGGCGCAAGCGCUAUACAAACGCUUCCGGAAAUACAGUCAAUUGCUUCGCACGUUGACAUAUACAUUCGCACGCCAUCUUGGAUUACAGGACCAUUUGGUAGUAAGCUCCAGGGUGAACAGAAUCAUACUUACACCGAGGCAGAAAAAGAACGAUUCCGAGAUGAUCUGGAGUACUACCUGCGCGUCCGGAAGGAUAUGGAGGCAUCCUUCACCGGCAUGCAUCGUAAUUUCUUCAAAGGCAGCAACGAACAGAGACAAUGGAGAACAAAGCUCGAGACACACAUGCGCGAGUUGAUCCAUUCUGAGCACUUGCAGCAGAAUCUUAUCCCUUCUUUUGAAGCUGGCUGUCGACGCACAAGUCCUGGCGAGCGCUACCUUGCAGCGCUGCAGAAAGAUAACGUUGAGCCCGUAUUUACACCCAUCCAAGAAAUUACACCAAGCGGUAUACGCGACUGCAAUGGAGUUGAGAGGGCUGUCGACAUCAUUGUUGCUGCAACUGGAUUCGACACAUCUUUUCGCCCACGCUUCCCAAUUAUCGGCCGAAAUGGUAUUGACUUACGCGAGUUGUGGAAGGAUGACCCAACUUCAUACUGCGGACUGGCUGUCAGCGGAUUUCCAAACUACCUCAUCUUCUUGGGUCCCAACACGCCAAUCGCUAAUGGGAGUCUUAUGGGCUCAUUGGAAGCAACAGCAGACUAUUUUAUCCGCGUGCUUCGCAAAACGAUCACUCAACAUGUGGCGUCCUUCGAUAUCCGCGCUGAUGUCCAGUCUGAUUUCAAUGCCCAUACGCAAGAUUUCAUGCGCCACAUGGUGUGGACGGGGUCUUGUCGGUCAUGGUACAAGACCGCAGAGGGAAAAAUAACUGCUGUCUGGCCAGGGAGUGGUCUGCAUUAUCGAGAGUUCCUUCAGAGCGACCGCUGGGAAGAUUGGAAUUGGCAGUACACGAAGAAUCGAUUUGAGUACUGGGGUCUAGGACUUGCAAGUAUAGAGACCUCUGGUGACAAAGAUAAGGAUCUCAGUUACUACAUUCAGUCACAUCCGAACCUACCAAAGGAGGCUUUGGAAAGAGUUGCUCGUGGCAGCUACAUUUGCAGUGAUAGUGAGACAGAUGAUAGCUUGGGGGAACAGAUGCUGAAAGGAAUCGUGUCCUCCCCAGAUGCAGGAGCAGCAUCAAGUCAGGCGUCAGACAUAUCGUGGGAAGAAGACGGUGCUAAGGAAACGGCUCCCAGAAAAAUCUUCGCUGCCACACAGCUGGUGUCGGAAAAAGAUGCUAUACAUCUAUAG